AUGUCUGAAGACAUACCUGAAGACAUACCUGAUGACAUCCCAUCUGAGCAGCAACCUGAAGUCACAGACAUGCCCAGCAGUGAUGUAUUGCCUCAAGAGCCCCUGCCACCCCUUGUGGAAGCUGGCAUCUUGCCUGAGCCUUUGCAAGACAAAGGUGAACAGACCACUCAGUGUACCAGUAAGGGACAGGAAGGAGACACACUUUUUAUCGAAAAUCCUUUGACUGAAAAAAUAAGUGAAAGUUUGCCUUCCAAUGGAGAGGUGACUGAAAACACGCCUGUUGACUGCAUUGAGACCGUAAGCCUUGAUGCUGAACCUGAAUCUGAGGGAACACCACAUGAGCAAAGUGGACCUGACAUGAACUCCUCUAAGACAAGUAGGUGGGGAGCUUGGGGUACCUGGGGCAAGUCUCUCCUGUCAUCAGCUUCUGCCACAGUGGGUCAUGGGAUAACAGCAGUAAAGGAAAAAGCAGGGUCUACUCUAAGAAUUCAUAAUACAAGUUCAGCAUCUUCAGAAGCAACAGAUCCUUCCGAAGCUGAAACAUCAAUUAUACAAGCAGAAGCUUCUCCAGACCAAAGCACUUUGGCAGAUAUUCCCUCUUCUCCUUCCUCUGGAUCUCGUGGGAUGUUGUCAGCAAUCAGCAGUGUUGUGCAAAACACAGGGAAAAGUGUAUUAUCUGGAGGCUUAGAUGCUUUGGAAUUUAUUGGAAAGACAACCAUGAAUGUCCUUGCAGAAAGUGAUCCUGGAUUUAAGAGAACCAAAACACUGAUGGCAAGAACAGUUUCCUUAUCUCAGCUGUUGCGAGAAGCUAAAGAAAAAGAGAAACAGAGACUGGCCCAGCAAGUUACAGUUGAGAGAACAGCGCAUUAUGGACUGCUUUUUGAUGAAUUCCAAGGUUUGUCCCAUCUUGAAGCGCUAGAAAUCCUGUCAAAUGAAAGUGAAACCCAGAUUCAGUCCUAUUUAGCUACACUGGAUGGAGAGCAGUUGGAAACUGUGAAAAAUGAGUUAAUAGAUAUAAAAGAGAUUUUUGUUCCAAAGGAGUCAGAUGGUGAAGCGGUGAAGGAACAAAAAGGGGAUGCGGAAGAAGAGUUUGUCAGCAUGCUCACGGAGCUGCUGUUCGAGUUGCACGUCGCUGCCACUCCUGACAAACUUAACAAGGCAAGGAAAAAAGCUCAUGAAUGGCUGGAAGAAACCAAUUUUUCCACCACAGUAGACAUGGAAGAGAAGCUAAAAGAGAAACCUGAAGAACCUGCUGAAGAAAACACUGAAAAAGUGGAAGACAAAAUUGGCAGCAAUAAAUCAGAAGUAGAUAAAAAAAAAACUGUGGAGGAAAUCUACAUGCUAUCAAUUGAAAGUCUGGCAGAGGUAACAGCUCGGUGUAUUGAGCAGCUUCAUAAAGUAGCAGAAUUAAUUCUACAUGGGCAAGAAGUUGAAAAAACAGCUCAAGAUCAAGCAAAAGUACUGACAAACUUAACAAGUGCCAUGUGCAAUGAAGUUUCAUCUUUAUCAAAGAAGUUUUCUGAUUCUCUAACAGCAGCUGGGAGCAGUAUGAAGGCAGAGGUUCUUAACCCCAUUGUCAACUCCGUGAUAUUAGAGGGUUGCAACAGUACUACUUAUAUUCAAGAUGCUUUCCAGCUAUUGCUUCCAGUUCUGCAAAUUUCACAUAUCCAGACCAGUUGUUUGAAAACACAUUAGGGACAGUUUCCCAGCAGUUGUCACCACUGGGCUUAGCAGAAACCACAGACCUAAUCUCUUUAAUGUAUGCAGAUACAAGAGAAGCUAUGAGAGAUGUCUGGUCACUUAAAGUCUUCUGAGGACACUAAAUGCAGUUUUGCACAUACAGUAUUGAAUAACAUUUUAAAUCUUAUUUAGACUUUUGAUGUAGUUUGCAAAGUGAAUAAUUUCUCUUCCAUUAGAGUAUGUCCUUUGCAUUAAUUCAAUUUGGGGCAAUGGUUUAUUGAUAUCAGUAUUGACUAAAGUACAGAUUCUAAAUGCUGACCCUUUCGAUUUUAAGCAAUGUAUGAAACAAAUUAGAAUGUCAUGCUUU